CAGGGUACACGUGGGUUAUACUGGUGAUUCUAAUAGUAGGAAGUAACAGUAUUGUGGAAACAUGAAAGGGCGACCCAUUCCGUCGGAACCAAUUUCUCAUGAAAGGACUGUGCUGAAGAACGCCUCCGAGUAUCACUACUUGAAGAUUCAGCUAGUAUUUCAGCAUGAAGGUGUCAAGCUGACUGCAGCUCAGUACAAAUCUCUGAUUGUAUCUGCUGUAAAGGAAUUGCACGGAGAGGUGGGGGCCUCUUGUCCUUUAGACUUGCUAAAAUAUGAGGAAAAGACGUUGUCUGCCAUAUUGAGAAUCAGAAGCAGUGGAUUUGUGAAGCUGUGGACUUCUCUGACUCUCCUGGGACAGUACCAGAACCAGGCUUGUUCUGUCUGUGUGAUACAGGUCUCUCCCUUCUUGUUGGCGCUCGCUGGUAACAGCAGAGAACUGGAUCUUGACUAGAUAUUUUUGAAAGAUGUUCCGUCACUUUGUCUACCGAGGAACAAUACUUGGUACUUCCAGCAGUCCAUUUUCUUCCAGGUGGUACAAGAACUUAGCGUCA